AUGCGUGCUUUUAUAUUACUGUUCCUUAUUCCAUCAUGCUCUUGCCUGCUUUUCGGAUUCAUUGGUAGAAUGCAGUCUGUCGGAAUAAUGGGUACCCUGAAUUGUAAUGGCAAACCUGCUCCUGGAGUCAAACUGAAGCUGUACGAAAAGGAAAUCUUUAGAGAUCGAAAGAUGGCACAGAACAAAACGAACGCAUCGGGCUUUUUCAAGAUGUCAGGCAGCGCCAAGGAAGUGUCGCAGAUUGAUCCACAACUGAAUAUUUACCAUAAAUGCAACUACAAAGGGCUUUGCAAGAAGAAGAUCAGCAUAGGAAUUCCAUCAAAGUAUAUCGUUGAAGGCAAGCAAGUGAAAGAGUACUUUGACAUCGGGUCUCUGGAGCUUGCAAUGAAGAUAAAAGGGGAAACAACCGACUGCAUAAACUGA